UUUUUGUUUUUCUCUCAAAAAAAAAUUGUAAAACGUCUUUCCUAGUAGCCUCCUCAAAAAAAAAAUCCAAAAUUAUUUUAAAAUGGUUUUAUGUAAAUAUUUUAUGAAUGGAAAUUGCCGAUUUGGUACAAAAUGUGUUAAUGAACAUUUAGAUGUCAAACAACUUCUAAAAUCCGAUGUGGAAUCUGCUGUUAAUGGCAACCAAUGGCCAAUCUCUUGUUUUGGUCCAUUUAAAGAAAAACCUUCCAUACCAAACUUUAUAGAAGAUCAAUCAUUUGAAGAAAUCAGAAUGUUAUGUUAUGGUUCGAAGAAACAAAAUUUCUUUGAACAAUUUAACCAACAAUUUAGCAAAGAAGUAAUGGAAGCAAAGAAUAAAAUGAAAAUGCUUCUAACACUUAAUAAAGAAGUGAUGGAUGUUGUUGUCAAUCUAUAUAAUACAAAUGAACCACCGAAAGGUACAACACAACCAAAUUCGAAUCCAUUUGCUGCAGCAAAUCCACAACAAAUGACAAAUAAUAGUUUAUUUGGUACUCCAUCUGCUACUACACAAAAUAACGUCUUUGGGGGAACUGCAUUUGGUGCCAGUAACAAUGCCUCCUCAGGAGGAGGCAUUUUUGGUGGCGCACAGAAACCCUUACUCGGACAGAGUGCGUUUGGUAGUUUUGCUGGCCAAACCCAGCAACAACAACCAACCAGUGGACUUUUCAGUUCACCACAGACGCAGCCACAACAAACAAAUGCUUUUGGAAGCAAUAUUUUUGCUCAAUCUGCUCAACAAAACCCAGUUGGUGGGGGUUCCAUUUUCGGUGGAGCUCAACAGCAACAACCACAGACUCAGUUGGCUCAGCCCCAACCAUUCGGAGCAGCAAACAGUUCAGUUUUUGGGCAGCAGCCUAAUGCUGGGGGAAUAUUCGCCCAAGCUGCCCAACAGCAGCAACCGCAAGCUCAACCACAACAGGCUGCUAUUGGUGGGAAUAUAUUUGCCCAAGCAGCGCAGCCUCAACAGCCAACGGGUUUUGGAAUGUUUUCUCAAACACCCCAGCAACAACAACAACAACAGCCGCCGCCACCUUUUGGAGCUCAAAUGACACAGCAGUCGCCAUUUGGUGCUGCGCAGCCUCAACAACAAGGUGCCUUCUUUGGACAAAUGCAGCAGCAGCAGCAGCAGCAGCAACAACAACAACAACAACAACAGCAACAACUUCAAAUGCCACAAGCUCAGCCAAAUACAGGCAAUAUAUUCAGUUCACAGAUGCAACCACAACAACAAUUUGCCCAGCAACAACAACAACAGUCAGGAGGUCUAUUUGCACAAGCAGCUGCCUCAAGUCCAUUUGGAGCACCUCAACAACAACAGCAACAGCAAGCUAAUAUCUUUGCCCAAGCUGCAGCUGGUUAUCCACAACCACAACAACAACAAUACCAUAUACAACCAGCAAUGAUUGGUGAUCGGACUUAUAGUAAAAUGGAAAAUUUGACACCAGAAGAAAUUGAAGCUUUUAAAGCGGAAACUUUUGAAUUGGGAAAAAUUCCCUUUUCACCACCACCAAGGGAAUUAGUUAACUAGAAACUAGGAUAAGCUUGAAUUUGAAGAUUUUUUUUAACCCAAUGUUUUUAGAAUAAGUGGGACUUGUGAUGAUGUUGAAAAAUAUUAUAAGAAAGAUUAACAAAUCUGAGAUGAUUAAACUGAAAUCAGACAAUAAAAAUAAAUAAAUGAGAAAUGACCAAAGGACAAAAAGGAUUCCAUAUGACCGAUGAACCUAUUAACCCUUUGACUGCCAAGCUUUUAAGUGCCAUGAUAUUUCAUAUUGAUUGUCGCACGAAAACGUACGACAUGGCAGACAAAGCCUUAAUGAAGAUUGAGAU